UUGAUUUGUUACCCACAUAACCUUAACUUUGAAAAACACUUGAGCAUGUAUUAAUAAUCAAAAAAUUAGAAAUUAACUAGCCAUUUUCUAAUAUUUUUUAAUAGCGUCGCCACAUUUUAUAAAUUCAGUAAAGCAAGUAUCAUUUUAAGAUGGAAUCCAGUGAGUCUCAACUGCAAAUUCGACUGGUUACAAAACAAGAAUGUUUUGCGGUCCCAGAUGUGCCCCUCGCCGUUCCAGGUUCCAUUGAACACAAUUCAUUAAAUGAAUUGAUUAACCAAUUAAUAAAAGAGAACAAAUCAGAUUUUCUGAAGCCCAAAGAAUUUGAUUUUUUGGUCCUGGGUGAACUACUAAGAGUUCCCCUUCUUGAGCAUUUAAAAGAACACAAUAUUUCAACUGAAAUAGCUAUCGAUGUUGAAUAUAUUGAGAGAACUCCAGCUCCAGAGCCUCAAGAUUCACUUUUACACGAUGACUGGGUUUCGGGUUUACAUUGCGUUGAUAAAUGGAUUUUAACUGGAUGUUACGACUACUCUGUGAACAUAUGGACAACGCAUGGAAAACUUGUUACAUCGCAAAAAGAACAUAAAAAUAUUGUAAAAAAAGUGGCAUGGAUAAACCAAACCAAUCCCUCACAAGGUUUCAUAAGUGUUUCUCAUGAUCUUACGGGACUGCUGUGGCAGUGGGAGCCUGGGACAGAUCAGAUAAAACCUCAAGUUGUGUUAAAAGGUCAUGAAAAAGGGAUAGACAGUGUGGGGGUUAGUCCCAACUGUCUUAAAAUUGCAACAGGAGGAUGGGACACAAACCUAAAGAUUUGGUCCUCAUCGUUUGAAAGUGACGACGAACCUGCACACAAAAAAGUAAGAGGAGACAAAAAUCUGAUUACCAGGACCCCCAUUCACACAUUAAAAGGCCAUAAAGAAACCAUAACUUCGACUUCCUGGAUUGACAACCAUGUAAUUUGCACUGUGUCAAUGGACCAUACGAUUAAAUUUUGGGAUGCUGAGUUGUGUGGUAUCAAGAAUGAAAUAGUUGGCCAGAAGGCAUUUUUGGAUUCUUCUUGGUCUUCCCUAUCUAACACAUUAUUAGCAUGUUCAGCUGAUAGACAUAUUCGGUUGUACGACCCAAGGUCUUCAGAGGGUUCAGUGGUCAAGACUACUUUCACCUCACAUACGCUAUGGGUCAGUUCAAUUGAAUGGUCAAAAUACGAUGAACACCUUUUUAUGUCGGGAGGAUACGAUUCUGGUGUCAAAUUGUGGGAUUCCAGAAGCCCUAAAGCCCCACUUUAUAAUUUAGAGGGACACCAAGGGCAAGUCCUAGCUGUAGAUUGGUCCAAUAACAAGUAUCUGGUCUCUGGAGGGUGCGACAAUAGUGUACACAUUUUCAGAAAUAAUUAUGUGUUUUAAGUGAAAAAUAAAAUUAAUUUUAAAAAAAU